UGUAGGUGGACCAGAAUAGGGCUCAAGGGGCCCAGGACACUCUCCCAUCCCAAAGCUUUUUUCCCCAUUUGCUCCUCCCUUGUCGUUUCUACUCCGCCCCUUAUGGCCCUAAACUUCCUGGGCCGGAACUGUUUGGCUUUUUCCUGCCCCAGUUGAGGGUGGGGGCGGCUUUUGGCCUUAGGAGAGGAAAAAUGGAACCCAGAAGGGUAACGCCCGGACCACCCAGCCAGGACUCUGCUGGGAGCGCGGGGUCAGCCGCGGAGCUCGUGUACCAUUUAGCGGGGGCCCUGGGCACUGAACUGCAGGCACUGGCACGCCGUUUCGGGCCCGACGCGGCGGCUGGGCUGGUGCCACUAGUGGUGCGGGCGCUGGAACUCUUGGAAAAGGCGGCCGUGGGGCCCGCUCCGGACUCGCUGCAGGUGUCCGCGCAGCAGGCCGAACUAGAGCUACGGCGGCUGCGCGAGGAGAACCAGCGCCUCCGCGGGGAGCUAAGCUCAGGGCCGCAGGAGGAGCGCGCGCUGCUGCGACAGCUCAAGGAAGUGACGGACAGACAGCGGGACGAACUUCGGGCACACAGCCGAGAUCUAAAGCGCCGAAGUCAAGAGACAGAAGCGCUGCAGGAGCAGUUGCAGCGCCUCCUGCUGGUCAACUCGGAGUUGCGGCACAAGCUGGCCGCAGUGCAGACCCAACUCAGAGCCGCACAGGACCGAGAGAGGGAGCGCCAAAUAGCUCUGGAUGGCUCCCGCCAGCUGGCUGAAGAACAGAGUCUGGAGCCCGAAGAGGCUACCCCAGAUGACCGGGUGGAUACUCUGCAGCAGCCAGGGCGCCCUCCAGAGGCCGUUCAGUGUGGCUUCAGCCGCGAGGAGCUUAAGCAGAUCCUCCAGGAGAGGAAUGAGCUCAAAGCCAACGUAUUCUUGCUCAAGGAGGAAUUGGCCUACUUCCAGCGAGAGCUGCUCACAGAUCACCGGGUCCCUGGGCUUCUACUUGAAGCCAUGAAGGUGGCAGUCAAGAAACAGCGGAAGAAGAUUAAGGCCAAGAUGUUAGGGACACCAGAGGAAGCAGAGGGCAGUGAUGAUGAGGAUGACUCAUGGCUCCUGCUCUCCAACGACAAGGAAGAUGCUCCCCUAGUUCCUGGAUCCAGAAUACAGAAUUUCUUUAGUUUAUGGUAUCGGGGUGAAACUGAGGCCCCCGAAGCUGAGACCAGCAGUACAGCUCCCAGCAAUCUACAGGAAGGAGAAGCAGCCCCACAGCAUCCCCACCUGGAACCUGUGGGCAGCCUUCCAGCCCCCGACUCCUGAUGGGCCCUUCUCUGCUUUCUGUGGUCCGAGGGCUUCAGCUACGCAAUAGGCUUAACUUUGGGUUCUGGCUGUGUAUGGAUGUGUGAACUCAAACAAGGACGAGGCUCCCUUAUACCUAGCCGCACUAGGCAUGAUGGGAUUUCAGCCUGUCUCCCUUCCUUGACAUCUCCCUAGCCCCACUUUCCCCGUUGUGAGACAGUGGGCUGCCUGCCUCCCUGAGGCUUAUGCAGGUGACCAGUGCAAUAAAGCUUGUACCCAUAACACCCCUAAA